UUUAUUCUUUUAUUCUUUUCUUUUUUUUUUGAAGGUCGUACAACAUGGACGAAACGUUUAUCUAAAACGAUUCAACGUCGAAGUGGCUCAUUUCUAAAUACAUUAGUGCCAUUUCGUAAAAGUAUUGAUCAGAAUCAUUCGAAUGCAAAUGAUGAUAAAUCAUUGUUACCAUCAUCAACUCUUCAUCAUAAACGACGUGCCAGUGCUUCACCUGCUAUUUCCUUUCAAACUUCAACCAAAGGCAUAUCUCUUCUUAUACAUGAAAAAUUGAGUAGUAGUGUUGCGACAGCUACUGUAACUACUGCUGGUGCAAUUGCUCUUAUAUCAUCAAGUGGUAUAUGA